AUGUCCACCCCGAAGCCCACCGUCAUCCUGAUCCACGGCGCGUGGCACUCGCCCGAGCAUUUCCAGCCCUUGGAGACAGCUCUGAGCUCGCACGGCUACAGAACCGUCUCGCCAUGGCUGCCGAGCGUGCACUACGAGAAACUCAACGCGCCGCCCGUGUCAAGUAUCCUCGACGACAUCGUUGCGAUCCGGCAGACCAUCGUCUCGGAACUCUCCGCCCACCCAGCCGCUGACGUCGUGCUGCUCUCGCACUCGUACGGCGCGGUCGUUGCGUCCGCCGCGAUCGAGGGCCUGGACAAAUUCUCGCGCGGGAGCGCGGGCCACCAGAACGGCGUCAUCGCGCUGUUAAUCAUCGCAGGCCUCCUCGCGCCGCCGGGUACCUCGCUGCUCGACUGGAGCGGCGGGCAGGUUCCGCCGACGAUGCUCAUCUCGACGGUCCCCUACCCCGGCGAUCCGAGCAAGAGGGAGAUCGAAAUCUGCACCUGUGUCCCCGACCCAGGCCCCGUCGCUCUGUUCUACCACGAUGUCGCCGAGCAAGAUCCCCUGGCCGCCCAGCGCUACGCGUCGCUCUGCAUGCCGCAGAUCUGGGCCGUCUGGGCCGCGGAGGAAGUACCCGUGCCGUUUGCGGCGUGGCAAGCUGCGGCCGAGCUGGACUUGGACGUGUUUUACCUGGUGACCGAGGACGACAGGGCGCUGCCACCGGUGUUCCAGAGGGCCAUGAUCGACAUUGCGGACAGGGAGAUUGCGGCUGCAAGGCAACCGGGAGACGAUGGGGCGAGAAAGAGCAUCCAUGUAACUGCUAUUAAGAGCGGACAUAGUCCGUUCCUCAGUCGAGUGGAGGAGACGGCUCAGUGGGUAAGGAGGUGUUGUGGCGAGAGAGACGUCUAG